AUGAUCAACGAUACUCUGAUUGAACUUGGUAAAUCCGUUGGCAAGAUCCUCCCUUUCAUUGGAAUCGGUUUAUUUUUCUCCGCAAUCCUCAUCGUUGUUUGCCUUCUUAUUUCGCACAAUGGCAAAGGCCAAGUCCCUCUUCAGCGCCAGGAACUAUCCCACAUACUCAUUGUGCUAGGAAGUGGUGGUCAUACCGCUGAAAUGUUCCGUAUGAUGUCUCAUGGACACGCCCUGUUUGAUAAACGGACUCACCGAACUUACGUCGUCACAUCUGGUGAUCACUUGAGCGCAGAUAAAGCGGCAACCUUCGAGAACGAGAUGAAACCUGGCGGAUCCUUCAGCGUCGUGACAAUUCCACGAGCCCGUAAAGUGCACCAGUCCUAUUUGACUGCUCCGUUCUCGACAAUCAUCUGCUUUAUUUCGUGCAUGGCUGUUCUUAUUAGAAAGUACCCUGGCCAGGUUAAGCUUUCUCCUCGAUACCAUUCGAUUUUCCCGGACUUGAUUGUCGCCAAUGGACCCGCCGUAUCAUUAUGUAUGAUUAUCGCCGCUAAGAUCUAUCGAUUCUUCCUAUUUGUCGGUGGCUCGUCUUGGUACAAGUACCCCCGAUUGGACACUAUUUACGUUGAGUCAUGGACUCGAACUCGCAGUUUAAGCACCACGGGUUUGCUUGUACUUCCCUUUGCAGAUACUUUUCUUGUUCAGUGGCCUCAAAUUGCAGGUCGUCGUGCUUGGUGGGGCAUGAAGCGCACCAUUCACGCCGGUUGGGUUGUCUUUGACCCAAAUGAUUUUCCGAAGAUCACAGAAAUGCUAGCGGGGCGACGUCUAGCAUGA